CAGACGGUGGAGGCGCUAAAGUUCGUUCACGCGCACGGCAUCGUGCACAGAGACGUGAAGGACGAGAACAUCUUGGUGGACACGCGGACGCUGGAGGUCAAGCUCAUCGACUUCGGCUCCGCUGCUCUGCUGAAGGAAAAGGCGUACGACGACUUCGAAGGUACAAGAGUCUACAGCCCACCUGAGUGGGUCCAGGCGCAGUCUUACCACGCUGAACCGCUCACCGUGUGGUCGCUCGGCAUUCUCCUCUUCAACAUGGUGUGCGGAGACAUUCCGUUCCACUGCGACGAGGAAAUCAUAAAGGCCACGCCCUAUUACACUCGACAUGUCUCUAAAGAAUGCAAGGCUCUGAUUGAUUGGUGUCUGUCGCUCCGGCCGGAGGACCGCCCCUCGCUGGAGCAGAUCCUGAUGCACCCCUGGAUGGAGGUCGGGGAGAAAGAGAAAAACGAGGAAGGGGAGCACAGCUCGCUGCCCUUUGCAGCGCUCUGA